AAGAGAGGAAGGAAGAUGACCACCAUGAAAGCUUUCAGCUUGUUACUAGCUGCUCUGUCCAUAUCUCUCUGCAGUGCUCAAACUACGCUUGACAUGAACGACCUGGACUUCAUUCCGGAGGUGAGGCAAAGGUCGUUGUUCACAGCCGCUGGCUUCAUAUACAAGUUUGAGACGGUAACCGAGAAGACGGUAUGGGGAGAUCUCAGGACUAUGUUCGUGAACGUCAACCCUUCUUUGGCCACGCUUCCGGGUGAAGGAGCAGCCCAGAAUUUGGUUAAGGUUGGACCUUGCGCGAUCAACCAGCCACACAAUCAUCCUCGCGCGACUGAAAUCUCUCACAUCACCGAGGGUGAACUGUUGUUCGGGUUUGCGGAAGAGAAUGGGGGACGGCCCUUCAUUGGAGGAAAUGCUACAAAGGGUCAAACCGUCAUUGUUCCACAAGGUGUGAUCCAUUUCGCUCAGAACUUGGGGUGCAAACAGGCACAGUUCAUUGCUUCCUUCCCCAACCGAGACCCAGGAACCCAAACAACAGCCUCCACAUUCUUCAGGCUGCCACUCAGUGCCAUCCGCGCCACCACCGGAUUGUCUGAGAAGGAAAUCCAAAAGAUCAUGAAGAGUGUUUCGGGCAACGUCAACCCCUCCUUGGACUUGGUUUGUGCCAAGAGGUGCAGCAUGGCUUACUAAUUGAUGCUUCACCAC